AUGGUUCAUCGUCCAGAAAAUAUCCCUGUCGAUGUGUGGAAUGCUUGGCCUGACCACCUUAAGCAAGCUGUCUGUGCUAACACCGGAAAUAAUCAGCCAAAUAGGCCUGAUCCAAAUAUUGAUCCUGCACUCACCAGUGGUCUAGCACCAGCACCACGCUGUGCUCAUGACAUGUAUCGUGAUGGGCCCACAUCCCCUCAUCCAUACCAAAGGGGAAACACCAACAAUCCUGUAGCAAGUGCUACCACGAGUACCAGACCACGGGAAUCUCGUAGAAGUGACUGGGGCGGUACCAGAGCUUCUCACAGGUACCAGAGCAUAGGUCUCCCAGUCAUCAUCACAACGACUCAUCCCCAUCUACAAGUCGAGAAAGGUCAGCAUCCAGGGAUCAAUGGUGCUUGGGAUGUGCCUCUUCGACUCUCACACGUCAUACAACACCAGCUUCCACUAAUGAUGGUGCAGAGCAUGAAAUGGGAAAUAAUCAUACCUCUGCACAUGGUCGUUCAACUGUGCCAAGGGGGGCAUUUGAUCACCAUGAAAUUCCAUCAUGUUUGCAAUGUUUCUGAAGGGAAAAGCUGGCCAGCAUCAGCAGAUGAAGAGUGCAUCAAUGCAAUGACAGGUGAACAUUACCUCAUGCCAGAGUUCACCAAAACGGUAAAUGAUGACCACAACCGCAUGAUCUUUGCCAAGGUUGCAAGUUUGGUCUGGGAAGACCUUCAGAACAUGGCCAACAGCGACUACCUUGUGAAUCGCAAGGUAAAAUGGAAUAAGCAAUCACUUUUCACAUUUGCAAAGGAGACAUACCAUGGAUUCAAAGAAGACUGGCGGGCCCAGAACGACGUCGAGAAGAAAGCUGCCAAAGGUAAAGCAGAUCGGCUUAUGACAGCAUGUCAGGCUUACAUUGAGAAAUUCAAUGUUGAUCUGGUGGACCUUGUGCAUGCAGAUCAUAUGUCAGAUGAAGUGUCUGGACCAGAUGAUGAUGAGUUGGAGGAUGAUUGGAAGCGAAGGAUGGCGGAGAAAAUGGGAAUGCCUGCCAACUCACAAGUCGAAAACUUGUCAUUCCUGGAGGUCACAAGAAGUCCCUGGAGAUCUGACGAACUCGGUCAGAUCUUUCAUACCCUGCAUGAUCUUUGGCGAGUGUCGCUGACCUCCAAGCAAAAGAAGCCCUUCCACAUGAUCCGAGUCACUGGCACAGAUUAUCAAUCACAGCAUAUCCCAGAUUUUACUCUCUAUACCUUUGGCAUCAAUAUAGAAUGGCUCGAGGCCAACAAAGAUACACUAGAGUAUCAAGACUUACUCAAGGAAUGA